AUGGGGACAUCAAGUACGAAGUACGAUGAAACUCAAACUCCAGGACUACAAAUAUUAUGGAAAAAUAUAUUAUUUCCGAAACAAAGUUCAUCAAAGACAGAGGAAUUAAAUAAAAUUGAAAAUCUAAAUAUGAACUCUCCGAUAAGAAAAAGUAAAAUCUUAAGCAGUUUGGCGUUUCUAGCUGGCUUAAGUGUAGGUGGUUUAACAGGUGCAUCGUCAUCUGUGAAUACGUAUGCUAAGCCUGCACCAGUGACUUUAAAUUUCGAUGGUUCUCGAGUUUCACCGCAGAUUGCUUCGAUUUACGGUUCUUAUCCUUACAUGCCACAUCCUUAUAUCUUUGCCACUCCUUUCGGAUUAUAUUCUGUGUUAAGUCCAUUGGGUCUACACACAGCCCCUGGAUUUCAAAAUGAUCUUCAAGUGUUGAAUUCGAUAGGGACUAAAAAACCAACUGAUUUAUCAAACAAUGAUGAAUACGUAGAAGAGGCUAAGAAGGUUGAAGAUGUGAAACCUUCAAACACGGUCCCAGAAGAAACUACUGAGAGUUCAUCAUCUGAAAAUAAUCGGAACGUGGAAGAGAAGAUGUUAAAAACUGGAACUCCCUGCAGUGAGCAGAAAGGAUUCAAGAAGAAACAAGAUAAUUUAUCGAGAGAUAGCUCCAAGGAACGUGAAAACGUUGAAGAUAUAGUUCUCAGUUUCCGGCAAACAAAUACAACAAGGCAAAAUGCGACUAGUACCAAUACCACGAUUUCCGGAAAUGGAACUAUCCCAACAAUGAAUAAUAUGGUCAAUUCAACACAGAUUAACGAAACAACAAUUCCACCAUUUUAUGGAUAUUAUGGUGGAUAUCCGCAAAACAUAGAUCAUAUCGAUUUUACUACAGAGUCCAACGAUUAUAAGUAUCAUAAUUACGAAUCCAUUAAUUACAAUUUACCUUACGAUAAAGCAGCAAACUUAUAUUCAGACGACAGAUAUAAUUAUUACGUUAAUCCGUCUCUUGACUCUUCUGUUCCGAACGAAUUCUCUCGAGAACAAAUACCUGAAUACUUUCCGUAUGAUUUCAAUAGAUACCUAUAUACAUCAUACAAUACGCCACCUCUUGAAAACAGUGGUUUUAGACCUGUCGCGUAAAUUACAUAUUAUAGCAAGUUUUCUUAACUAUUCAUUCAUAACAGAAAUCGCAAAUAAAAUUAUUUAUAAGAUUGAAUAUAAAAUUAAAUAAACUUUUUAAAUCAUAUAAAAAUACAAUGGUUUUUCAGUCAUUACAUGAUACAGCGAUAACUACAGUCAUUUUCGUCAGAUUAGUGGCAGGAAUAUCGAAUAAACAGCACGCUUUUGA